AUGCCGCUCACCAAAGAUGACCAUGUACUCUUCUGGAAGCCACAGCAGCCUAAUGGCUGGGCUGGCCAAUGGUACCCCUCUCCAUUCACCCUUCCAAUAACCGUCUCAGAAGAGACCGAGACACUUACAUUCCCUACGGCCGAGCAUUGGAUGAUGUUCCAAAAAGCACUCCUUUUCAAUGACAUUCCAAUUGCUCGGCAAGUACUUCUUACUUCCGGCCUUGCAGCGGUGAAGGCUCUCGGCCGACAAGUCUCCGAUUUUGACGAUGAUAUCUGGAACCGCGAACGAAGUCGGAUUGUAUUGGAAGGAAACCUACAUAAAUUUGAGCAGAAUCCUGAGCUGAAAGAGUUGCUACUCGGAACUGGCGAGAAGGUUCUUGUAGAGGCCAGUCCCCGGGAUCGAAUAUGGGGAAUCGGAUAUGGAGAGAAAAAUGCGAUGAAUAAGAAGGACCAGUGGGGAUUAAACCUGCUCGGAAAGGCCUUGAUGGAGACGAGGAGACAGCUAAGGGCCAAAGCUUAA